UUGGCCAUGUGGUGCAGCACCAUACAAGGUCGGAACACUGUCUGUUCGUCUAUCAUGUUUCUAUUAUCGAAAAAUGAGUGAUACAUUAGAAAAUAUUAACCCUAAAUUAUACAAGAAAAUAGAUGAGAGACAAAUUACUGUGCAGGAUGAGGAUGAGGAUAUUGAAGAUGAAUUCGAUGCACGUGAGAUUUUUGAUCUUAUUAGGAACAUAAAUGAUCCUGAAUAUCCUCUAACAUUGGAAGAAUUAAAUGUGGUGGAGCAAAGUCUGAUUGAGAUUAAUAAUAAAGCAAAUAUAGUUCAUGUAAAGUUUACUCCAACAAUACCACAUUGUAGUAUGGCAACAUUAAUUGGUUUAUCAAUUCGGGUACAACUUCUAAGAGUUCUACCAUCUAGGUUUAAAGUUAGCGUAGAAAUUACACCAGGUACACAUAAGUCAGAAGCAGCAGUAAAUAAGCAGUUAGCUGACAAAGAAAGAGUAGCUGCUGCUCUUGAAAAUAAACAUCUACUUGAGGUAAUCAAUCAAUGUGUGGGAAUUAAAUACCAGUGAUGUAAGGAACAUGUUAAAAUUAUACAUAUUUUAAUUAAACAAUGAAUUUACCAUGUAAAAAGAUCUAUUGAAAA